AUGUAUAUCUCCCUUCUCACAACUCUUGGAGUCACCUUCCAGCUUGGACUUGCCACGGCUCAGACCAAGGUCACUGUCAACGCAGGCACGACCUACCAGGUGAUUGAUGGAUUCGGCUUCUCGGAAGCCUUUGGCUUCGGCGGUGGAGUCGAAAAUGCACCUGCAGCGCAACAAACCCAGGCGCUGAACUAUAUGUUCAGCACUACCGAGGGAGCUGGCAUGACAAUCCUGCGUAACCGAAUUGCAGCGGAUCCAAAUGGUAGCAUUGAGCCAAAAAGCCCUGGAUCCCCAUCUGCAGCUCCGACCUACAGGGCUAUUGGUGAUGACUCAAGCCAGAUCUUCUGGUCUAAGAGGGCUCGGGCAAUGGGCGUCAAGUACAUCUACGCCGAUGCGUGGAGUGCUCCUGGGUACAUGAAGACCAACAAUAACUACAUCAACGGUGGAUAUCUGUGUGGUGUGACUGGACAUACUUGUUCAUCUGGCGACUGGAGACAGGCUUAUGCAAACUACCUGGUGCAAUAUCUCAAAGACUACGCGAGCCAGGGUAUCACCGUUGACUUCAUUGGCUUUUUGAACGAGCCUGAAUUUGCGCCAAGCUAUGACUCAAUGUCGUCUGAUGGUACCGAGGCUGCCUCUUUCAUCCCUAUUCUUCACCAAGCCAUUCAGAGCGCUGGUCUGUCCACUGGCAUCACUUGCUGCGAUGCUGAGGGCUGGAACGACCAGGUUACUUUCACACAGCAGCUUAUCUCAGCUGGCGCUGAUCAAUAUUUGUCUCGCAUUACCUCUCACUGGUACACCUCUAAGGGUACCUCCCCUAUCAACACUAGUCUGAGAGUAUGGGAGACUGAAUAUGCGGACUUGGAUGAUGCAUUCAGCACGACUUGGUACUCAAGCGGUGCAUUCAAUGAAGGUCUCACCUGGGCCAAACUCAUCUACCAAGGUCUCGUUGAGUGUAAUCUCAGUGCAUUCCUGUACUGGGUUGGUGCACAAUCAAACAGCAAUGCCGCUGGACUUGUCACCCUCACGGGGUCUGGCUCUUCAACACAGGUGACUGCCUCGGGCUCUCUGUGGGCCUUUGCCAUGUUCUCCCGCUACAUCAGGCCGGAUGCUGUCCGCAUUGCUACCUCUGGUGCCCCUCCUAACACUCAGGUAGCUUCUUUCAAAAACACAGAUGGCUCCAUUGUUACCGUUAUGAUCAACUCGGGCGCAAGCUCGCAGAGCGUCUCCCUGGGUGGCGGCUCGAUUUCAUCGGCCAAGGCCUACUACAUGGACAACUCGGUCAAGUCACCUUCCAGCCUUUCUAUCACCCUGAGCGGCGGCAGUAUUGCGGCUACCCUUCCCGGCUACUCGGUGGUUACAUUUAUCACCUCUGGCAGUGGUUCUACCACGCUCAGCACCACUACAAGUGCCGGGUCUACUACCACUACAACCGUCGGCUCUACUACUACUACUACAACCAGCAGUGGUUCAACAAGCACUGGCGUCGCUCAACACUGGGGUCAGUGUGGAGGUCAGGGGUGGACUGACCCUACUGUUUGUGCUAGUCCUUACACCUGCCAGGUCUCCAACCCAUACUACUCACAGUGUCUCUAA